AUGGCCGCCGUCUCUCGGCCAAACUCUCCUGCUUCAAGGCGGCCCUUUGCUGCUCUGGGUGAAGCUCGCCUGCGGGCGGUGGACAGUAUGAAGAAUCGUCAGAAUGGACUGCGUGCAUCUGUUGUCAAACGUCCUCUGGACGUUGCUGAUUCUUGUGAUACCGAGAAUAUGGAUCCAUUGCUGAUGGAGUCUCCAACGAAACGACAACGGAAUCGUGGUGACAUUGAUACAUGGACUCCAAAGGAGAAGACUCACUUUGCCAUAUCAUCUCUUAACCUCAGUCCACCAACUAAGUUGUCUCCUGCUCCACUACGUACUAAAGCUGUUUCGACCACUCGGCCAGCCCCACUGCGAGCUGCUGCUGGCAGAUCCCCGAAAUCCAAAGUCGCCAAGGCGUUUGCUCGUCGAGGUAGCGGCUUCUGUCGAGUGGAUCCACCGUCUUUCCCUAAACACCAUGUCUCCUCCGCUCCUUUCUCUAUCUCAGAUGCCUUGAGUGGUACCUUCACUGUUUCGUCAUUGAAAAUGGGCAAGGCAAUGCCUAGCGGCGGAAAGCACCGCCGGAAGGCGUGGGACUUCGAGAUUCACGUGGACACCGAGCAAGAGGAGAUGGCCAACUUGAUGGAACAUUCCACUUGCGUGCUCGACAUCAGCGACGAUGAGAACAAGUCGAAGAAAGACGAGCGUGGAAAAGAAAAUAUCCCCCCCUCCGAUAUCACUUCUGAACUAACUCCCGCCAAUGUAUCUUCAAUGGUUGCUUCCCAGCCUGAAACUGUUGAGAUGACUGAUGGCUCUCGGUCUCCUCUUGGUGAACUGAACCUGAAAGACUUUAUUCCGAACGGCGAGGACAUAUCCCCAGCAAUAGUCAAUGAUGACGAAGCUGAUGCCGUAUCUUCGGAGUCCCCACCUGCCCCCGUUACUACCUCAUUUAAAGCGGGUUCAACUAUGCAGCCUCCCCAAUUGCUCAAACGGGCAGUGAUUUCAUCGUUGAUCAAGAAGGCCAAUGUCGCCCAGGAACACUCAAAGUCCAAAGGUCCCACAGCCCACAAUGAAGAACCCUCGAACUCCACAAACAAGUCUGAUUGUUGA